AUGGAGAAAUCAGUAUCCAGAAAAAGAAAUCGCAGAGAAGAAGUAGACAGGAUCAGUGGUUUGCCAAACUCAGUCCUUCUUCGUAUUCUCUCUUUUCUUCCAGUUAAAGAAGCAGUUGCCACAAGCCUCUUAUCCAAGAAAUGGAAACGACUUUGGCUUUCCCUUCCCACUCUUGACCUUAACCGUGUAUACUUUGGUACGCUUCCAUUCUUCUAUCGAUUUGUGAGCAAAGUGCUCAAACGGGUAGAUCUGAAAUCUGUCGAAAAUAGCAAAGGUGAACUUCUUCAUCUGGAGCUACAUCUGAGACGCCUAGAUGGAUAUAAGUUGCCCUCUAGUGUUCUCCUUGCCAAUAACAUUCGGGUAUUGAAGUUGACUGAAGUAAAGGUGGGGACUCUUUCUCGUGUUAAUUUGCCUUCACUUGAAAUAUUAGAUCUGGAUCAAAUUGAUUUUCCAGAUUACAGAAGCUUGGAAAUGCUUCUUUCUUCAUCUCCUUUGCUUAAAGACUUGGUACUAAAAAUUCUAUAUGGAAACCUUAACCGUCCACUUAACAUUGGAAGACUUAACCACUUGGUCACUGCAGAAGUUCCACAAUGUCUACUUCCAUUGAAAGUUUUGUCUAAUGUCUCAUUUCUGCGCUUAUGUUGGACCCCGGAUCUGUGGUCAUUUAGUGAUGAUAUGCCAACAUUUCACAAUUUAACCCAUCUGGAAUGUGUUGCUGGUGAAUGGACUAGGAUGGUGAAUUGUUUCCGAAACUUCCCCAAGCUUGAAAAGCUUGUAAUUUCAGAAUGGCCAUUUUAUGAUAAGGUUGAUUCUUCGUUCCCUCCUGAACCAAUACUUGAUGUGCCUCCAUGUGUUUCAUUACAUCUAAAGGAGUUCACUCUUCUUUACUUGCGAGGUCCUGGCAGUAAGUCAGAAAUGUUAAAAUAUAUAACUGAGAAUGCUGGGGUUUUGAGGACUCUCACCAUAAAGGGUGUUGGUAAUGGUGAUGAAGGGAAGCUCCGAAUGCUCCAAAAGUUAGCAGCAAAACGUAGAGGCUCUGAGAGUUGCAGUCUGAAGGUCUCGUGGCCAACGCUAAAGUACCUUCACAAUGGUGAUGAAGGGAAGCUCCGAAUGCUCCAAAAGUUAGCAGCAAAACGGAGGUCUGAGAGUGCAGUCUGGUGA